GUCUGUACAUCAGCAGAGGACCAGUCACCUCCUGCUCACGCCGCCUCUCAUCUGCAGCUUGGCUUCACUGUGAGAACCGUCUUCACCAAGCAGCUGAAGCUCAGAGGUAAACAGAGACAAAAACAAGAUCGAGGAAUAGAGGUACAGAUAAGAAGACAAAAUGGGAAGAAAGAAGAUUCAAAUUUCUCGGAUUCUUGACCAGAGAAACAGACAGGUUACUUUCACUAAGCGGAAGUUUGGCCUGAUGAAGAAGGCGUACGAGCUGAGCGUGCUCUGUGACUGUGAGAUCGCCCUCAUCAUCUUCAACAGCACCAACCGUCUCUUCCAGUACGCCAGCACAGACAUGGAUAAGGUUCUGCUGAAGUACACCGAGUACAGCGAGCCACACGAGAGCCGCACCAACACUGACAUCCUGGAGACUCUGCGGAGGAAAGGCCUCGGUCUCGACAGCUCAGAGCUUGACAGUGAAGAGAGCAUGCAGGUGGUGGCCGACCAGUGUCCUCUCAGCGAGGGCAUGGAUCUCUCUGUGGCUCGUCAGCGCCUCUACGGUCCCACCCUGCUCUCAUCCGAGGCACAGCUCCUGAUGUCUGCAGGCUGUGAGAACGGUUUCUCCAACUCGUCUGGAUCUAAUAUGGUCUCCAACAGACCCCCAAACUUUAAACCUCUGAGCUCCAGACCCGGCUCUGCAAGCCCUGCGUUCAUGUCUCCGCAUUCAGGUAUCGGCUACUCUGUGUUGUCCCACAGCAACCUGAACCGUGCUCUGGACAUAAAAAGCCCUCCUCCUCUCAACCUGGGCGCCGACGGCCUGCGAGCAGAGGCCGUUAAUCAUGGCAUGGCUGCUGCGCGUGCUAACCAUAACUCUGCUAGGGGUCUCUUGUACCAGGGCCUGCACAGCGGCAGCUCCAUGGUGGCCAUGGGAAAAGCAGGCCUGUUGACUCACAGUUUGGGAGGCUAUGGUCUUCCCUCUCCGGGGGCUUCUGAUUACAGCCAGCCUGGUUUUUAUCACUCUGUUAGUUUACAACGAGGAUCAAUGAACCCCUGGCAAGCAGCACAGACGCCUCAGGAGCCCCACGGGCCUCACAACAAUGCAGGGAUGUCCAGUGGAGGGUGCUCUUUCCCCUCUCAGUCUUGCUCCUCAAGCUCUCCACAUCUGCCCCCCCUCACCCUCAGCAUCAAAUCAGAGCAGAGCUCCCCUGAACAUAUGCCCUCGCCCCCCUCUCCUCCACUGCACCACCUCAGGAGGCAUUCCCCAAUGAGCAACCCGGAUUCCACUCGCCAUACCCCUCCGGAAACCCGUCGAGCCAAUGGGACAAAGGAGCUUCCCAAAGCUGGGUACCCACAAGACGAGGAGGAGGGAGGGCAGCCUCUCCGGCAGUUAGAGAUGAGCGACGGCUGGCAGAGAUAGCCGUGCGCGGCGGUCUACCAUCGCCUCCCAUUUGGCAGAGAUUUCCCAGCAGAACCAGAUGGGGUCGUUCUGUCGCUGUCACCCCAGAGAGGAAGGCCUCUCUUUGUUGCCUUGUACAGAGCUGGUCUCUCCUGGGCAGUGGAGGAUUCUUCACAGCAUCAGUUGCUUGUUGACCUCAUAAGGAGAAAUAUGCAUACACACAAGCUUUUUUGUUCGCUUAGGUUUAGUUUUCUGUGUGCAGCUCUUCAAAAAAAAAAAAAAAAUGUGUCCAUAUUUUUUUGCCGCCUAUGUUGAAGUUUGCUUCACCAGCGCAGUGGGACCAACUGAAUCUCUCAAGUCUCUUCAAACCCUGUCCUCAUAUGUAAAGGCUUUCACAGCAGGAAACUGUCUGAUCGGCUCAGUGUUUGUGCAAAUUGAAUGGAUUCUCUCGUCAAACAAAUGACAGUCUGGCCUUUUUUCAGAUAAGGAAAUGUCCCUGUGAACAAAUUCUUUUUAAAAUUUUCACACUUUUUCAAAUUCUCUGUUGAAUUGUAUUCUUUCAUGGCAUUAUUCAAGAUAGGCCUCUUAAGGGACUUUAAAUACAACUUUUCAAAUCAUUGUAGUACAUAUUUGUGUUUGUUCAUGCUGGACUGGCGACCUGUUCAGGGUUUAUCCUGCCCUCACCGAGUAUAAACUGGGAUUGUCUCCAGUGCCCCACAAUCCUGAACUGGAUAAGCAGUGUAGAAGAUGGAUGGGUGGAUAGAUUGAUGUUCAUGCGAGAUCUGAAGGCGUGUGUCGUCAUGAUAGAAUUUGAACGACAGGCACAAUCUAUAAUGUAGGAAAAGAUCCUCUGUAGAGAAGUGUCUGCUGCAAACAUAACAACUUAGAAAUCGAUGCAAAAUGUGACAUUUUAUCAUUUCAAUCAAACAUUACUUUUUGCCUUAAAACAGCACCAAGGCUGUAGUUUGUCAAAUGAUUUGUCUCAACCACUUUUUUUAAAAAAUUAUCCUCCUCAUAUGAUAAUGUUCAAUAUGCUAAAAGCUUCAUAUCUUCAACAGUUGAAGAAAUUAAAGAUUAACCCAUGGUACACUAUACUGUCUAAAGUAUUUGCUCAGCUAUCCAAAUCAUUGAAUGAGGUGUUCCAUGGCCACAGGUGUAUAAAACCAAGCAGCUUGGCAUGCAGGCUAUCGCUAUGAAGAUUUGUGAAGAUUGUGGAUUAAUCUCAGGAGCUCAGUGAAUUCCAGCAUGGUUGAAGUGACAGGAUGCCAGCUGUGUAAUUUCCUCACCAGUAAAUGUUACAUAUUCAGUUGUUAGUAGUAUUACAGCAGCGAGGAAGUGACUGGGAACAACAGCUACUCAGGCAAGAAGUGGCAGGUAAAAACAAAAAAAUCACAGAGCAGGGUCAGCAGGCAUUGAGGUGCUUUGGUUGGCAACUUCCUGCAGAGUCUAAUAGAUACUGCUGCUAUAGCUGCAGAGGGCGAAACAUCAUGUCUUAUGGAUAAACAAUGGGAUGCCUCUCAAGUUCAUAUGCACCUAAAGGCAAGCAAAUACUUUUGGAAAAAAGUGUAUAUUAAAUAGGGCAUUUAACAUACCCUUUUUUUCCUUUUUGAAAUGCAAAAAUUGUUAUAUACACAAAUAGUUCUAAAAUAUGCAUUUGUGGGUCACCUGUUUCAGAUUUUAUUGCCAAUUUAGGCAGGAACAAUCUCUGAACAGUUAUUUUUAAGGCCCAGACGUUUCAUAAAGUAAAACAGCUAAACACUUAGUGUUUAUUACAUUUUGGAAAUCUCUAGUGCUAUCUCUAAAACCUGCUCCUCUGACUUGUGAUGAGGAGAAUAUUUUGCUGGAGAAUACAGUAGAGUGCAUUUGCAUGCAAUAUUUGACACUGCCAGAGCCACUGCUCUGUCUUUAUUCACAGCUAUAGCUAUAUGGAAAAUGACCAGAGUUUGCACUCCAUCCUUAUUAAGUAAUGAUCACUUCAGGGUGUUCACUUCAUUUUCAACCCCCCAAAAAUUAAAGUGCUGUUUUGAUUCUUUCUGAGUCGAUUGUGGAAAUAUUUUCCAUUCUGGUUAUAUUCUGUUGUAUCGUUCCUCCAAAUCACAACAAAUUCAUGUGUUUUGUAACGUCAUUAGAAACACCCAUUGUAGCCUGAUUCAACCAAAGACCAAAGUGUUUGACGAAGCCAGCCUAUGCAUUGCAAUAGAACACAGCCAAACAGCCAAAGAAAGAUAUAUUUGUCAAACGAAAAGAAAGAAAAAAAUCAAUCAAAUGAAAACAUUACUUUUCUGAAGGGCUUCAUUUAUUUAGUGCAUACUGUCAAUAUUACAAAGCUUAUGUGUAUUUUUAAUAUGUGAGGUGUGUAAUAAAUGAGUCUAUUGUUUGGAUGUGUCUUUAAAUAGCUAAUUCUUUGUGGGGUUUUUUUUGUUGUUGUUGUUCUUUUGUUGCUAAAUCUGCAGUUUCCUUGUGACUUUGUAUUCUGGAUGGUUGUUUUUGUAAUUUAGUAUCAACCGUUCAAAUACUGUUCUGCAAAUGACUGAAACUUCAGUCAAUUUGGGUUAUUUGCGCAAAUUGUCCACAAGGGGUCAUUUUUUUCUUUCUUUCUUUCCUCUCACCAACACAAGUUCUGGGUGACUGUAGAAAGUAGACAACAGACAAUACCAGCUUUCACUGUCAGGUUUUUCAAAUGAAUUUCCAUGAUGAGACACAUGUUCAGUGGUUCAGUGUGAUGAUGGUUAGAUAAUCUCUGUGGCGUCCUGGUGAAACAGCAAAUGGAUGUCUUUCCUUCUAAACUCUGCCUUUUUUUUUAAUUCUAUUAUUAAAUGUUAUGGUUGAUAAGUUUUCAGUAUUCUGAAGUUUUAGUUGUAUUUUUUCUUGCACACAAAAAUACUUUUCUUUGA